GACAGAUUUAAAGUGUAUGGUGCAUUCAUUGUGUAUGUGUGUAUGUAUGUGGGUGUGUGAAUGCGUGUCGGUGGAGUGAAUGAAUGAGAUGGAUGAGAGUGUAUUUGAUGGUUGGUCAACUGGCUAGGAGUCCGGUCUGUACUCGCUUUUUAUGUCAUUCUCUUUUGCAUUAUCGAUUGAUUCAUCGACUGACUCGUCGUCACGUCACAUCCGUCCGUGCGUAUCGAUCACGCAUACAUGCAUACAUGCAUACAUACAUCCAUACGUGAGUCCGCUAUUUCCUUCGCUCUCUCUGGCUGGAUGGGGUCGGCCGGAUUUACAGAAAUGCAUUUUUUUCAACCCAGUAUUGAUUGGCGGGACUGAGUCCGUUCUUCUUAUGCCUGCCUGCCGGCCGCUUCUCCGUCCGUCGCUCUGUCCGUCUGUAUGUCUGUCAGGCAGCCCGCUCGCUUGUCGUUGUGUCCCUCCAGAGCAUUUGUGACGAUCGAUCGAAUCGAGAGAAGGGGGACACGAGUUGUGCAUGGGGUAUGGUAUGGCGAUGGAAGAGAGGCCGCGCUCACCACGCUUUAUGGAUGGAUGGAUGGAUGGACGGGCACAGGAUAGGAUGCACAUGUACGUGAGUCCCGUACGUACAAAGUAGUAGUGCCCUCCUGCCUGUCUGCCGCUCGAUCCCUCCCUCUCUCCCUCAUCGCGUGAUGUGAUCCAUCCAUCCAUUGGUCUGUCUAUGCAUCCACCCCUUUUGUCACAAGCUUGGUACGGCCAGCCGGCAUGCAGAGAGUGGGUGAGGGAGUGUUUUGUGUGAUUUUCUCUCUGAUGUCAUGCAGUGUGUCUGCAUCAACGAAUGCACGCCCGCCUCGCCCGCCCGCCCGCCCGCUCGCUCGCUCACCCACUUUUGUCUGACUGACAGUGCGAUAUAUGCAAUCGAUAUACGUAACGUAGCCACGUGCAUCCACCCCAUAUAUACCGACGUGCAUGGCAGACAGCCGUCGCACUGCUCACGACUGACUGACACACAUGCGUACACUGCCUGCAGUAGAGUGAGUGCCGGCCAGGCGGACGGGCAGUCGGGGCGGGCAGACACCCGCUCAUUUGCUGGUUGAUUGGUUUGCAGUGGUGCUUGAGAGGGAGGCAGGCAGGCAGGCAUAUGCAUGGCAUGCAUCAGACCGACAGGCACUGGUUGUGCUCAUACUCACUGUCUGUCUAUCGACCGAUCGAUGUCUAUCCAUCCAUCCAUCCAUCCAUCGAUGUCGAUCAUCGCGUCAUUCAUCAUGUCAGUCAUUCUGUCGGUCAGUGCGCUCGCUGCAGUCACCGUUUGUCAGUGGGUGAGUGAUGAUGAGUGAGAGAGCAUUCAUUCAAUCACAUGAUGACUCAUUUGUAUGAAUGUUUGUCUGCAAGUGACUUGCUUUCGUCCGUGUGAAUGAAUGCAGUUCGUCACACACACAUCACAUCCGCAACAGAGCCUGCCUUGAGCUCGCAUACGCCGCGACGAAGCGCAUUCUGCGUGUGCCUGUUGCCUGUUUGGUGUGUGCACUGGACAAAGGAUGCCUGUCUAGGGGUGUCCCGUCAAACCCUUAACCGACGACCGACUGCAGUGCUUUCCUUGUCCUCCCUCACAAUGGCUGAGGGUUCGUUGCUGAGCAUGCCGAUGCUGAUUCUGAACAUGGGAGGCGAGAUGAUCUAUGUGCUGGACCAGCGCCUCAGGGCGCAGAGCAUCCCACUCGCCAAGAGCCAGAAGGUGCUCGCGGACGUCAUCAAGACCAUGCACUUCGGCAAAUUCAUCAUGGUGGGUCAGUUCGCGACUCAUGAAUGACAUGACAUCGAGGCCACGAUUGCUCUCGUGCGUGUUGUGUGUGUAGGAGCUGUUCAAGCCUCAGGAGCCGUACUCAUCGGCCUCGCUUCGGCAGAUCUUCGACAAGCUGGCGCACAGCAGCAUAAUGCGGCUCAACGAGAGCUCGAUGGACAAGCUUGUCGACCUCAUGGCGAUGGGCUUCAAGUACCAGCUCGUCUACUGCUCCUUCCCAGAGGAGCUCUUGGAGGUCACCAUCAACCACCUAGAGGCAUCCAAGGCACUCGUCAAGAGCCCCAUCGUGGCCAACAUGAUCGACGUCACCAUCUCCCUCUGCCACACGGCAUACGACCGCCUCACACCCGCCGAAUUCGCCCUUCUGCGCCAGACGCUCGCGGCGGUCUUCCAGGACCGGCGCGUCAAGGUGUCGAUAUUCCUGCAGGACGGCCUGCAGAGCGCCGACGGGGCCAUUUGCGUGCCGGUGGGCGGCCCGCUGGCCUAUGGGGCGGAGAGGCCGGGAGUGGUCAAGUACAUUGACAAGGGCGUGGUGCAUCGCACGGUGGUCUUGGACCCCGCCCCGGUUAAGAGCGACGAGUGGCUGCCGCCCACAGCGCCCUCGCGGCUCAGCGCUGUGCGAUGGUCCAAACUCGGCCUCAACCUAUACGCCAAGGUGACGAUAGAAAAGCCAAUGUAUCCAUCACAUCAGCACAUGCCUGUGCGGUGUGUGCGUUGAUUUCUUUGCUCAGGAGAGGCCGUCAGCACACCCCAAGCCCGCAGCGGCCGCCAAUACCCAGACUGCCCCAGCUGCCCGCGAUGAUCAGACGGCCGGCACGGCAGCGGCCAAACCACCGGUGGGUGAGGGAGACCAACAGGACGGCACAGAUCAACAUAUAUCGUUCAUCUGUGUGGUUCAUGCCCUGUGUGGCAGGUGUCGCCGGAGGUGAGCAGCCGGGCGGUCUUGGGUGAGUUGAACCACUUGGCCUCUCUGCUGGGCCAAUCAGCGGCCUCCGACAGCACGGCCGACAACUUCUCCCUCAACCUAUUCGCUGACAGAGGUCAGAGGCACACAGAGGCACACAGCCACAACGAACACAGCAGAAAGAAUCAUGGCGUCCGCUACAAACACACACGAAUUCUCCGUGAGCAGAUCCGUUUAGCAUCAGCUCGCCGCACUCACAGCUGUCGUCCGAGAGAGGCGCGCCGCAUGUCGUGAUGGACGCCAGGUCGCCGCACGGCCACCGAGGCCAACAGGUCAGUCAGCUAAAUGAUAUAUGAGCAAAUGAAAUAAAUGAUCGACAUACAUGGUGUGUGUAUCUGUUGGUGUCAGGUCGAGGCGUUGCGGCAGCGUCUGGAUCGUGACUUCGCAUUGGCGGAUGGUGGGCCAGGCUCCUCUGGCCAGGGCAAGAAGGAUGAAGACGACCUGCUCGAUUUGAUGGACGCGGCAACGAGCAAGGGCUGACUGACUGACGGACGGACGUGCCCGCGCGAAUAGUGUGUGUGAAUAGUGUGCGUGUGGCACGGCUGCCUAGAGUGAAAUAGUGUGCAGACUGCUGG